GCCCGACGCCGCACGCACGGUGAGGGCAGGGAGAGCGAGGCGCAGCCCACCGCCGGAGCGCCACGGGGGUGGAGAGGGGCUGAGCCGCCGCCGGGAGGGUGCGGAGAAGGGUGGCGGAGAGCCGAGGCGUGGAGAUGACACCAGUUACUCGACAAGAAGUUCUUGGCCUUUACCGCAAGAUUUUCCGGAUAGCCAAAAAAUGGCAAUCAGCAUCAGGACAGGUAGAAGAAACUCUUAAAGAGAAAGAUUACAUUAAGAAAGAAGCCAAAACAUUGUUCCGAAAAAACAAAGAUGUAACAGAUCCAAAGUUGAUUAAGCAGUGCAUAGAAGAAUGUGAGGCAAGAAUAGAAAUUGGACUUCAUUAUAACAUCCCCUACCCAAGACCUAUUCAUCUUCCUCCUAUGGGUCUUGCCCAUAAACAGGGCCGUACAUUUCGACAGCAGGAAAAGUUGAGGAAGAUUUCUAAGCCAAUAUACCUGAAAUCCCAUGAUGAAAUUUCAUAACCCAUCACUAAACUGUGACGUGUUUAGACUGUAAUCCAUGUGAUUUGUGUGCACAACUGUGAAUGAAGCUGUUUUGGUCAUUUGCUCCCACAUUUCCUGAGGCCAGAAAGCUAACUGAUGUAAUGCAUUAUGAUGGAUAAGAUUGGUCUAAUACUUAUACUAUUCAACCAUUGACUCAUCAAUAAAAGUAGCAUUUUUCAAGGAGUGAGGUGUGAUACAAAGAUUACUUUGGCAUCAGAACAAAUUACAGCAGUUUUUCAAACUCAGUUAAUCUGUAGCAGGGUUCUUUGGAGGUUUGAGGAUUAUAUAUGCUCAAUUUUGAGUCAAGACAGUGCCUUGCAUCAGCAAAAAGCAAGGAAGUCCAGGAGAAUAGGGCGGGUCACAGUGUCUCAAGAGCCUAUGAAUUCAAGUGGGAAUGUGGUGACUGCUACAUGAAGCUGCACUGCUUCCUCUCCUGUCCCUGCUGUUCCUGUUAUCCCUGGAAAAAUGUGCUGGUUUUAUAGUGCCAUUAUGGUGGAGUAUAUUUUCUAAAGGGACAGGAGCAAAGAGAAAGCAGAAAUGCCACCGUUUGUUUUUUCCUUUUUGCAAACUGCACAGGAAUAGUGUGGAGCCUCUAGGUCAGCUUUGCCAUCCUUUGGAGAGGGCAUGAAGAUGAAAUGUAAAGUUUGGAAUCCCAUUACACAACUAAGAGCAAAACAUUCCAGUGUUGGAUUCCUCAUGUUCUCAUGUAUGAACUGACUGAAAACUUUCCCUUCAGGGUAUCGCUGCAGAAGCGAACUUAAGGUAAUUAAUCUUCACUGUGCAUUUUUACAUGCUUAGUCUUUCAACAAAAUCAGCACCCUGGCUUUCUCAACAAUUAUGUUAGCGUUAGGUUUUUUACUGAUGACAUACAGAACAGAAUGACAGUUCUUUCCCAAGAAUGUACUUACAAGAGUGGAAAAAAAAAAAAAAAAGGCAAAUGAGAAAGUACAAGGAAACAAUGAGAAGAGCUAGUCAGCAUGACAGGUACUGGCUAGCCCAAUUUCUGACUACCUUUUAUGGCUUCAGUCCACAAAGGUAUCUAUUCCCAUAUAACUAUUUCCUUGGAAUGCCUUAUGUGGGAAGCACCUUGCACUGAACAUAUAAAAUGCCAUUGUUUUGCCUGUCAGUGGGAGCUUUGCAAAUUUACUGUUGCCAAGAAAACACAAAACAAAACUCCUUUAACCUAGGAAGAGGGGGGUUAAGACAGAGACAGUAAAAAUAACAUGAUUAUGUGCUGCUUAGUCCUUCACUGAAAGAAGCUCCCAAACAAUCUUUUCCUGUCCUUAGUUCUGAUACACCAAUGUGGAGAUAUGUCAGCUGAACCAAAGCAAACCUUGUAGAGACAAGGAUUUUGAAAGGAAGCUUAUGCUUAUUCUUUGUCAUGAAACUAUAACUUUAAUCAUUUUAAUUUUUAAAAUUAAUGUGGCUAAUGAAGAUAAUGAUGCUGUGAUUCAUCAGGCAAAUAAGGAGUCAUGUAAAUAAGCAAUUUAAAUUUACUGUCUGUGUUACAGUCACAACUCUUUCCUGAGUGAGCAUCCAUCCCUAAAAUUACAGACAUUUUACACCAAAUUGAGAUAACGGUAUGAAUUUAACUUCAUUUCUGAAGGGAAAUAUAAAUAUUCCAUUUUCUAAAAGGCUCAGCUAGCCUAAAGAAACUCAGAUGAGUAUCCAAUUUGUUUAACUGAAAAUCCAGUAAGUUGAGCUUCUGUAACAGCAUCACAUUAUUUGAGAUGCUUUUAAACGCUAAACAGCCUAUUAAUUUUCCAAAGUAAGUGUUUGAGAAAUGAUUAACUGCUGACUGAUCCUCAUCACUUUCCAGCACCAAGAGGCAAAGACUGAAAUUUGUUAAAACCUCGGGCUGUUCAGCUAAAGGAAGGACUACAUCAACUCUAUUGUCAAGGCUGGAGAGCAAAGCCAUUCUUUCACAGCUCAAGUUAAACACUGUAUGAGGCACGAGAACCAGUCUCAAACAAGAGUCCUUUGUUUUUGAGGUCAAAGGUCAGCAGAUGUCUCAACUGGUACUCCUGUGAAUUCCAAAGACCAUGUAACUUCCGUCAAGAAGUAUUCCUACAUAUUAAUUUUAAUUGCAAAAAGAUGCUGCACUGAAAUGCCUCUGAGUUCUUAAGAGUUUGUCAUGCACUGGAUUCAGUCACUCAGUGUACACUCUGUCCUGUACUUCCUUCACUUCUCUUACUCUCCUUCCAGUAAAUACUCUCUCUUUCCAAUUUAUCAUGCUUGUCAGGAGAUGCUUUAGAAUAAUAACCUGUCAGAUUAAUUGGAUAUUCUUUAGAAUUAAAACCUGAGUCAGCUUCCUGAACUCUCCUGCAAGCUAACUAGUAGACAAUGCAUGGGUGAUUUGUUGACAGGACAUGUGGCCUUGAAUAUCCAAAUAAUGUAUCUUCACCGGACAUCCUCUCCCUAACUCCAUCAUUAGAAAGGUUACAACAUAUGAAGCCAAGCACUUAUAAACCCAAGCUUAACACUAACCUUUGCAAUGAUCAUUUAAGCAGAUGUCAGACUUGGCACCUGAACAUGCCCACUCAAUAUUUUCUAGGGGUGAAGAAAUUCUGAUUAAGUUGCUACAGUGACCCAAUCUAGUCCAAGGGAAGCAUCACAAAACAGAAUUUAAGAAGGAAAUGGUCAUCUGAUACAUCUUCCUAGUAAUGCAAGUUUGUUCCUGUAAUCCCAUUUAGAUCUGGAGAAAAUAAGGCAACCUCACUCUUUUGGGACCCUACUACAUAUCUGUCAGAACUGAUAUCAGUAAUAUCCAUCUCUUAUCCACAAUCAGGACAGUCACUUAUUUGGUCAUACCUAUGAAUUCAAUUUCAAGCAUACUAAUUACAGGAGAGACCUGCACCUUUCCCUAUUUUUUUCUAAUUAGCCAAACAUUCUAGCUUACAGGAACCUGUCAGUAGAAGAAUUUGGGGCCUUUAUAUUGUCUUUUUGCCUUCUCGUAUAAUUUUCUCUUUUAGCAACCCAACAGUGUUAAAAUCAGAUGUAACCCUUUCUACUUCUGAAACAGCUUUUGUACAGAUAAGGUAUAAGAAAAGUUUGCAUUUCCUGAGAAAAUAUACUAACCUAACCUGUCUUACAGCAUCCCCAGCUGAAAGUCUACCUGCUGUUUUUAAGGAAUGAAUCUCUCUUGUUCUGUAAUGCCUGUAUACUGCAUUUUUUUCCAUCUGCUUUGAGUUAUUAGUAAGGCUGAGAAUUUAUGAUUUGUAAUAAUUACAGGUUGGAUUUGCGUGUGUGUGUUUGUGGUUUGUUUAAUAAGAGUUUCUAAUUGAGAAAGGGAAAUUGUAAGCCUGUAGAGUCAAGAAUUCUACUACUACUGCUACAGGGAAUUUCAUCUGUCCAUUUUUUUUCCCUUUUUAUAAUGAAAUUAAGGUUGGUUCAACUAA